AACGAAACUUUUACUUUCGUAUAUAAGUUUGGCCCCCCUGAUAUCCAGUCAUAUGAUCACCAACCAAGAAGGGCGAGUCUGGGCGUUCAAGUUUUAAUCUUGACAAUUCGUAGACUUAAAGUGACAUACAUAUUUUUCUUAAAAAAAAAAAAUAUCAAAAUGAAGGGUUGUAUGUUUAAUAUAGAUGGUGGAUAUUUAGAAGGGCUUUGCCGUGGUUUCAAAUGUGGAAUACUUCAACAAAGCGAUUAUCUCAAUUUAGUUCAAUGCGAGACACUCGAAGAUUUAAAGCUACAUCUGGCUGGUACAGAUUAUGGAAGCUUUUUAGCAAAUGAACCAUCGCCGCUUUCUGUGAGUGUCAUAGAUGACAAGUUGAGGGAAAAAUUAGUUGUGGAAUUUCAACACAUGCGCAAUCAUUCUGUCGAACCAUUGGCACAGUUUCUUGAUUUUAUCACAUAUAGUUAUAUGAUUGACAAUAUUAUAUUAUUAAUUACUGGUACUUUACAUCAAAGACCUAUUUCUGAAUUAAUUCCAAAGUGCCAUCCUCUUGGUAGUUUUGAACAAAUGGAAGCUAUUCAUGUAGCUGCUACACCAGCUGAAUUAUACAAUGCUGUUUUAGUAGACACACCAUUAGCGCCUUUCUUUGUGGAUUGUAUAUCUGAACAAGAUUUAGAUGAAAUGAAUAUUGAAAUUAUUCGUAAUACACUUUAUAAAGCUUACCUAGAAGCUUUCUAUAAAUUCUGCAAAGAUAUUGGUGGUACAACUGCCGAUACUAUGUGUGAGAUACUUGCUUUUGAAGCUGAUAGAAGAGCAAUUAUUAUAACCAUUAAUUCAUUUGGAACUGAAUUGGGUAAAGAUGAUCGUGCAAAAUUAUAUCCACGUUGCGGACGUUUGAAUCCAGAUGGAUUGGCUGCAUUAGCAAGAGCUGAUGACUAUGAACAAGUUAAAGCUGUAGCUGAGUAUUAUGCUGAAUAUAGUGCUUUAUUUGAAGGAGCAGGUAAUAAUCCUGGUGACAAAACUCUGGAAGAUAAAUUCUUUGAACAUGAAGUUCGUUUAAAUGUUCAUGCAUUUCUUCAACAAUUCCAUUUUGGAGUAUUCUACAGUUAUUUAAAACUUAAAGAACAAGAAUGUCGUAACAUUGUCUGGAUAGCUGAAUGCGUUGCACAAAAGCACCGUGCUAAAAUUGACAAUUACAUUCCAAUAUUUUAAUUGUAAUCUUGUUUUGUUUAAAUCAAUUACAUAAUUUACCAGAAAUCACUUAUA